AUGGCGACAGAGUUGACCGUGCAGUCGGAGCGCGCUUUCCAGAAGCAGCCCCAUAUCUUCCUCAACUCGAAGGUCAAGUCCAAGAGCAAGAAGGUCGGAAAGGGUGGCCGAAGAUGGUAUAAGGAUGUCGGUUUAGGAUUCAAGACCCCAAAGACCGCGAUUGAGGGAAGCUACAUCGAUAAGAAGUGCCCAUUUACCGGUCUUGUCUCCAUCCGUGGCCGUAUCUUGACCGGCACCGUCGUCUCGACCAAGAUGCACCGUACCCUCAUUAUCCGCCGAGAAUACCUUCACUACAUCCCCAAAUACAACCGUUAUGAGAAGCGACACAAGAACCUUGCCGCUCACGUUUCUCCCGCUUUCCGUGUUGAAGAAGGUGACCAGGUUACCGUUGGACAGUGCAGACCUUUGAGCAAGACUGUUCGAUUUAACGUCCUCCGUGUUCUCCCCCGUACCGGCAAGGCCGUCAAGGGUUUCACCAAAUUCUAA